AUGGCCCCUUCGCACAACAGCCACCCAUCAACAAAAGCAUUGCAUGCGGACGACAUCCUAAACCAGGUGUCUGAUGUGGCACCUCCAAUCCAUCUCUCUACAACCUUCAGAUAUCCCGAUGACCCGGAGCAGCUCAUACCAUCCGAAGAUCCAGUAGACGAAUUCAAUGGCAAGAACUAUGUAUACUCCCGCGAGUUUGCACCAAACGCCACCCGGUUCGAAGCCGUGCUCUCCUCACUAAUAGGUGGCAAAGCAGUGAGCUACUCUACAGGGCUCGCUGCACUUCACGCCGCUCUAACACUUCUAAACCCGCGCCGCGUCUCUGUCGGCAACGGAUACCACGGCAGCCACGAGGUCAUCGCAGUCGUAUCCCGUCUGUCAGGCCUGCAAAAGCUACCACUUGACUGCCCUGUCGAAAGCUUGGGCGAGGGUGACGUUAUUCUUCUCGAGACUCCGGUCAACCCUCUCGGGACGGCAUUCAGCAUCGAGGAAUACGCCCGCAAAGCACACUCUCGCGGUGCAUUCCUCGUUGUUGAUAGCACAUUUGCACCACCCGGACUACAGGAUCCGUUCCUCUGGGGCGCGGAUAUAGUCAUGCAUUCUGGGUCGAAGUAUUUCGGCGGCCAUAGCGAUCUUCUGUGCGGUGUUCUUGCUACAAAGCGAGCAGACUGGACCAAGCGGCUUUUCGAGGAUAGGUUGGCUCUUGGGAGUGUUAUGGGUAACAUGGAGAGCUGGCUAGGGACUCGGAGUCUGCGUACGUUGGAGGUGCGAGUUCAGCGAGCGAGCCAGAAUUCGGCUAAGCUGAUUUCGUGGCUUGAUCGUGCUAUGAAGGUAUCUGAGCCUGCGGUCGGUAGCGAGGACGCUGUUGUUCAGUCGGUUGUGCAGAAGAUUUAUCAUGCUAGUUUGCAGGAUGAGCCCUGGCUGCAGAAGCAGAUGCCUAAUGGAUUCGGACCUGUCUUCUCUAUCGUCUUGCAUAAGGAGGAGUUUGCGAAGCUUUUGCCGACUGAGCUUAGCUUCUUCCAGCAUGCCACUAGCUUGGGUGGUGUUGAAUCUUUGAUCGAGUGGCGGGCUCUGUCGGAUUCGAGAGUCGAUCGGAAGCUGUUGCGAGUUAGCGUUGGGUUGGAGAAUUGGGAGGAUCUGAAAGAUGAUUUACUGCAGGCCUUUAAAUCACUCCUGGCUUGA